GUUCAAAACACGAACACAGCCAAACCUACACACAUCUACACGCAUCACACGCAUAUAGACAGCCUGUUAUAAUGCCUUCUGCACCAGGCUUUGUCAAAAGUGUUACUGGCGGCAGCAAAUUUAUCGCUACGUUUAUCAUUGACGACAUUCAAUUCCACUUUAGCGGCAACCUUGAUCUCCCUGUCGAGGAGUUCACAUGCAACGAGGCCAGUCUGGAAUACGGCGACAUGGAACAACUGGCCACCCGCCAAAACUUUGACGGAGAAGUUGGUACGGAAGAGCUGCAAUUGACACUCAGCAACGGCCCAAAAAUCACAGGCUCUUUUAUGUUCCCAAUCAACUCGGCAUCAAACAUCUCUGGAAGCGGCAUGUGGUCAGAGGAUUGAGCUAAGUUUGCCCAUUAUACACUCAAGGUGUCUAGCGGGGUGUUAGCAUGGGGUGCCUGCUUGUCGACCUACGCAAGCGCUGGAAAUGGCAUGUAUCCCGAUGGUUGCGUCGUACGGAGAAAUGGACAGCUCUU